AUGCGGCCAACAAACCGGGACGCAUUCGAGAUCGCCAUUAUAUGUGCGCUGACCCUCGAGGCUGAUCCUGUCGAAGCGCUAUUCGAUGAGACAUACGAUAAAUUUGGGAAUGUUUAUGGGACGGAACCUGAAGACAAUAAUACAUAUGUGACAGGGAGAAUUGGACCGCACCAUGUCGUGCUCUGUUACCUGCCAGGGAUGGGAAAGCGCAGUGCUGCGUCUGCUGCUGCCAAUCUGCGCAUGAGCUACAGACACAUCCAACUCGCCUUGCUUGUCGGUGUCUGUGGGGGAGUUCCCUUUUCUCCCAGCAAAGAGGAGAUUAUCCUCGGGGAUGUGGUCAUCAGCAGCGGCAUCGUGGAAUACGAUUUUGGGAGGCAGAACCCAGAUGGCUUUCGACGCAAGAUUGAUUCCACGGAGGCUUUGGGCAGACCGAGUCCGAAGGUCAGGUCCUUUUUGGCAGCUUUAAAGGGCAAGGCAACGCGGAGCGAGCUGCAAGAGCAGACGAGCCAGCAUCUUCAAUCCUUGCAAACGCGACCUAAUGGGUGGCAGAGACCGGCGAAUGAGCAGGAUGUGCUUUUUGAACCGUCGUAUAGACAUAAACACUACAUCGCCAGCCAGCAAGCCCCUUGCAUCUGCCUGUCCUGCCAUUCCAAUAAGGAUCCCGUAUGUGAUCAAGCGUCAAAGUCGGAUUGCAUAACCGUUGGUUGCGCGGGACGUGUCAUUGACCGGGAUAGACUUUCUAGCAGUCUUGCAGAUUCAUCUAUUCAUAUUGGAAAGUAUGCGUCUGGUGACACCGUCCUCAAGUUCGGGGAGCAUCGGGAUAUGGUAGCAUCUGCAGAAGGUGUUAUUGCAUUUGAGAUGGAGGGCGCUGGCGUCUGGGAUAACGUACCCUGCAUCAUUAUCAAAGGAGUGUGUGACUACGCCGACAGCCACAAGAACAAGAUAUGGCAGCCAUAUGCUGCUGCUGCGGCUGCAUCUGCUUCAAAGGCCUUUCUCCAGCGCUGGCCAGCUGCGUCUCAACGACCUGCGAUAAUGAAGCAACAGGUAUCUGACCUGGCUUUGGCUUUACGAUCUUACUACACUUCAGCUCGACGCCUUCAGGUCCAGCGGAUUUCUGGGGAGUUGUUGCCAAUGGACAGAUGCUAUAUCAAUAUGGUCCUGAGCAAGGAGGGCCGCUCUUCCGGUCCUGGUACAGCGUCAAAUUUCUCCCUAUGGUCGCGCCCCAGCAUCGCCACGGUGGAGGAGGGAGAGCACGUAUCAAUACCUGGACUUUUUAUGACAGCCAAGCGAAUUCUGAUUCAUGGGCGAGCUGGAGUGGGCAAGUCUACACUAUGUAAAAAGAUCAUGCACGACCAUAUAAACGACGGCUUGUGGAGCGACCUUUUUGACUUGAUACUUUGGAUACCACUGCGAAGGCUCAAGCGCAGCUCCCAGCAGAGUGGCACUCUAGAAAACGCUUUCUACGAUCUUUAUUUCUCGGAUCGUUCGGAUGGCCACGCCUUCGCCGUCCAGCUUAAAAACACCAUGAUGGACGUUACCCAACGGGACAGAGUUCUGCUAAUUCUGGACGGAUUGGACGAGGUCUCACAGGCCUGGGAGCCUGAGACCCCGAUGCAUAAUCUCCUUGUACGACUUCUGGAACAUCCACGGGUCAUAAUCACCUCCAGACCGUAUGGACUGGGAAACAACGACCUCGAAUCGUUUGACAUGCAGCUGGAGACAGUCGGGUUCAUCGAGGAACAGGUCAAGGCGUAUGUAGGAAUGGCUUCGAAGGGCGACCCCCAGAGGCUCCAUGAUAUACUAACUUUCAUCACUUGCAACGAAAUCAUUCAAAACCUCGUUCGUAUCCCUGUGCAGCUGGACGCGGUCUGCUAUAAUUGGGACCGCAAUUUUAUGUCCAGAGACAGCCCAAAGACAAUGACCUUGCUGUAUGAAGCAAUCACCCUUAAGCUAUGGCAAAAGGAUCUGUCUCUAUUUCAGCAAUUGGACCCAUCCAAGGACCUUACAGAUGAUAGGAUACGCGGGUUCAGCAUGCUCCAGAUAGAAGGCAUGAUUCAACAAGAACUGAGACUUGUAGAGAUCCUGGCCUUCACUGGGAUGCUCAACGGGCUGGUUGAGUUCAGUGCAGAUGAUAGACAGCGGAUGUAUGAUGCUCUCAUCCAGCAAGGCACGCUGUUACUAGACAUACCAGAGUCAAUCCUUAAAAGAGUGUCUUUUCUCCAUACAUCAGACACCUCACUCCUAGACUCGGAUCAAACAUAUCACUUCCUGCACCUCACCUUUCAAGAAUUCUUUGCCGCUCGGUACUUUGUUCGCCAUUGGAUGGAGAAGAGGGAUCUGGAGUGCAUCAACCUCAGAGAAAAGGCGCCUGGCAUUUCUUUUACACAGCCACAGGAGUUUCUCCAGAUGUAUAAAUACAACGCCCGCUAUGACAUUAUGUGGCGGUUCACCACAGGUCUCCUCCAAGAUUAUCCCCCACAGAAGCACUGGAACGAGGAUCCGGUCAGGCAUUUCUUCGACCAGGUGGACUCUGAGCCUCGCGAUAUAUUGGGCACUGUUCAUCAUCAGUUGUUAGCCCAUUGUUUCAGAGAGCUGGUCCCCGAAGUGCGUGAUAAUGGGCUUCGAGUUGGGAUUGAGGAUCAGUUGUUAUCCUGGUUGCUGUUGGAAUCACGUAUGGGCAUGUGGGGGGAACUGUUGGCUGACAAGGAAUGUCCGGACUAUCUUCCAGUUAAACUGCUACAGAGGUACUCGCGCGAUGUCGAUAUGGCUGUAAUGUCUGCUCUCUUGCGUCGAACGAGUCUAUCACCAGUCACGCUCGAGAGGGUACUGGCCAUUUUGAGGGAUGGUGAUGAGGAUCUGCAACGCCCCGCUGUCCAUGUGUUGCUACUGCAGAUACGCCUACCGCCGGAUACACUUGAAGCCUUAUUUUCAUUGACGGAGCCUCAUAGCAAUUCGAGAUUGGUCAAAAAGAUGAUGCAACAGGUUGGUAGCUUUCCGCAAAUCGUUGAACGCCUCCCGCUAUACCAGAAGUCCGACGAUUGGCAUGUCAGACUCGUAGCAGGACAGGCAUUAGCUCAUCAGUCAAUUCUACCACCAGGGGGGCUGAAUGCACUGUUGCUUCUUUUGCAAGACCCUGAGAAAAGGGUAAGAGCUAAUAUGGCUUGGGCUUUACGUGAACGACAGCCCCUUGAAUCCGCGAUUAUUGAAGCCUUGAUUCCACUAUUAAAAGACGAGUAUAGCAGUGUGCAGGUUGCUGCAGCGAACGUCUGGGAGACUCAAGAUCAUAUCCCACCAGAAGUUUGCGAUACACUUCACCGGCUUUUGCAGGACAAAAACGACGAUGUAAAAGCCACCGCUGUUGCCGCGCUCAACCGGCACCAGCCAGUCGCUGCAUCAACCCUGAGUGUCCUCGUCCCUGUUUUGAAAAAUGCCAAGUUGCCCGAGGUAUCCAUUGCUCUAUGUGAUGCGAUCAACUUCUUGGAAGAGCAGGAAUCGUUACCGCCAGACAUUGUGGAAGCACUUGUUGCGCUGCUGCAAGACGGGCGCGGCGUCAUACAACUGGAAAUCUCCAAAGUCCUAUUCCAGCAGCAGUCAUCCCUAACUAUGACGGUGCAGACCCUGGUACAGGAUUAUUCUGUCCUGCGUUUAUAUACGGACGCCGCGGGGUACGAAAGGCCGCCCAUGCCAACGAGCCACCAGAACAGCAUCCUUCGGAUCUUCCGGGAUGCUGGCGAAGGCAUGGUACUCGAAGCGGCUCAAGCGCUUUGUAGCCAGGCCCAACUAUCCCCAGACACAUUGAGUGCCCUGUUGCAGAUUUUGAUAGCAGAUGAGGACGCCAAUCGAUCAGGAUACUCGGCCUGGAUUCUUUCCCAUCAACCUGUGCUGCCAACGGAAAUUAUGGAUCAGCUCUUCAGGCUACUGGAGAACGAAUACAGCAAGAGUUUAAAGGAUCUUGCAACCCAGGCAUUGUUCCUGAAGACUAAUCUGCCACCACAAGUGAUCAAGACACUAGUUGCGGAGGCGAAGAAACUCACUUCGGUAUUCGCGAUUAAAACUUUAGCUAUGCAAACGAAUUUGGCACCAGCGAUACUGGAAGGACUUCUCCCCAUGCUGGAUUUGAAGGGUUCUGCUUCAAGAGCGCCGGUUGCCAUGAUGGCAAUGAAAGAUACCCAGGUCCUCGCCAAUCUGCCAGCUAAGUACUGGGGUCCUUUGUAUGAGGAGUGCUUAAAUGGUAACGUUGGGGAGCAAAUUAUCUGGACUCUCAAGGGAAAUUGCCUUUGUCUAGAUACGCCUAAAGGUUUAUCAGAAGUUCACUUUGAUCGUAGGCACCUCAUCGAGUUCAGGCGUGAGAUUCGGCAGGCACAGCUUAGACUGGGCAUUCCAGCUGAUACCCUGCUGCCUGAACCUCGGUGGCAAGACUGGUUGGUGAGCCUGGUCGCUUACUAG